CUGAAAAGGACGGAGAGGGAGAUUAACGAGGAUUCUCAGCGGCAACGGUGCCAUCAUCGUCAUUGUUAUUAUUAUAAAAGGAAAUAAUCGCAAUGGGCACCACCGACUCAAAACUGAACUUCAGGAAAGCAGUGAUUCAGCUGACAACCAAAACACAGCCGGUGGAAGCCACAGAUGACGCCUUUUGGGAUCAGUUCUGGGCAGACACCACCACCACAGUGCAGGACGUUUUUGCACUGGUUCCAGCUGCAGAAAUCAGAGCUCUACGAGAGGAAUCACCCUCCAAUUUAGCCACUCUGUGCUAUAAGGCCGUGGAGAAGCUAGUACAGGGGGCCGACUCGGGCUGCCCCUCUGAGAGGGAGAAGCAAGUGGUCCUGAACUGCACUCGCAUUCUGACCCGCAUCCUCCCUUACAUCUUCGAGGACCAGGACUGGAGGGGGUUCUUCUGGUCUACAGUGCCUGGCGCCGGGCGGGCCGGGACAGAGGAGCUGGACGAUGACGAAGGAGCUCGACCCCUGGCAGAGUCUCUCCUCCUGGCCCUCGCCGACCUCCUCUUUUGCCCUGACUUCACCGUGCACAGCCACAGGAGAGGCCCGGACUCAGUGGAGAGCAUGCACUCCAUAGACAGCUGUGAAUACAUCUGGGAAGCAGGAGUGGGCUUUGCACAGUCCCCCCCUCUGAACUAUAUCCAUGACUUGAAUCGGACGGAGCUGCUGAGAUUGCUCCUCACCUGCUUCUCCGAGGUUAUGUACCUGCCCGCUUCAUCAGACACCAAUGUCCUCAACCCCUGGGUGACCUUCUUCUGCUCCACUGAGAAUCGGCAUGCUUUGCCCCUGUUCACCUCUCUGCUCAAUGUGGUGUCCGCCUACGACCCGGUGGGCUAUGGCAUCCCUUACAACCACCUGCUCUUCUCCGACUAUCGGGAGCAGCUGGUGGAGCAGGCGAUGCAGAUACUCAUUGUGACUCUGGAGCACGACGGAGGGGCUUCCCAUUGCCCGUCCUCUCCAUCCAGCGUGGAGGAACGAGAGUCCACCGGCCCUGAAAACCUGUUUGUCAAUUAUUUAUCGAGAAUUCACAGAGAGGAGGACUUUGACUUUGUGCUAAAAGGCUUAGCUCGUCUGCUCACCAACCCUUUGACUCAAACUUACCUGCCCAAUUCCACCAAGAAGAUCCAGUUCCACCAGGAGCUUCUCGUGCUUUUCUGGAAACUUUGUGACUUUAAUAAGAAAUUCCUCUUUUUUGUCCUGAAGAGUAGCGAUGUACUGGAUAUUCUGGUUCCAAUACUCUACUACCUUAAUGAUGCAAGAGCUGAUCAAUCCCGUGUGGGACUCAUGCACAUUGGAGUGUUCAUCCUCUUGCUGCUGAGUGGGGAGAGAAACUUUGGAGUGCGCUUGAACAAGCCCUACGCCCUUCAUGUGCCCAUGGACAUCCCCGUGUUCACAGGCACUCACGCCGACCUGCUCAUUGUGGUCUUUCAUAAGAUUAUCACCACGGGCCACCAGCGUUUACAGCCACUCUUUGACUGCCUGCUCACCAUCGUUGUGAAUGUGUCUCCCUAUUUGAAAAGCCUGUCCAUGGUAGCGGCUAACAAGCUGCUCCACCUGCUGGAAGCCUUCUCCACAAGCUGGUUCCUGUUCUCUGCAGCACAGAACCACCACCUUGUCUUCUUUCUGCUGGAGGCGUUUAACAACAUUAUACAGUACCAGUUUGACGGUAACUGUAACCUGGUGUACGCCAUCAUCCGCAAACGCAACUUGUUCCACCAGCUGGCCAAUCUGCCGUCAGACCCAGCCUCCAUCCAGAAGGCUCUGCAGAGAAAAAAGAAGUCGCCUGACGUUAUCUCCCGCACCAGCUCACAGGAGACCGUGUCCAUGGAGGGUUCCCGCCCCGCAGUGCCAGCAGAGCCUGGCACCCUGAAGGCCAGUCUGGUUGCCAUGCCUGGUAUUGAUAAGCUGACUGAGAAGUCCCAGGUAUCAGAGGAUGGCACCAUGGUUUCAGUGCCAAAGACAGAACACUCAGAGCAGAAUGCAGCCACGGGGACCAGCGACACAGAGUCCAACUCAGGCAGAGACAAUGAAGACGUGUUCUACACUGAAGCUGAAAUGGAGAGAAGACGUUUGUCAAGCGCUUCUUCAGCAUCACUUUGGGCUCCCACACCAGACUGGGUCCUUUCCUGGAAGUGCAAGCUGCCAUUGCAGACCAUCAUGCGACUGCUACAGGUGUUGGUUCCCCAGGUGGAGAAGAUCUGCAUUGACAAGGGUCUGACUGAUGAAUCCGAGAUCCUGAAGUUUCUCCAACACGGAACGUUAGUGGGCCUGCUGCCCGUCCCUCACCCCAUCCUUAUCAGAAAGUACCAGGCCAACGCUGGCACCGCCAUGUGGUUUCGCACCUACAUGUGGGGUGUGGUCUAUUUGCGCAAUGUGGACCCUCCUAUCUGGUACGACACGGAUGUGCGCCUCUUUGAGAUUCAGAAGAUGUAGGAUGUCAUCCCACUGGAGGAUCCCAUGUAAAAAUGAGUGUGUUAAACUUGCCUCAUUCAGUAAUCAUGAUGAUGGUGCAUGUUUUGGGUAGCUCAUAGAGACAGCAUAGAAACGGUAUUUAUUCCAUUUGUCACCAUUGUCCAAAGGCUACUAACAUGUCGUUCUGACCUGAAGAAUGUGUGCAGAGAUGACUGCCCUUUGUUUUGAUGCGGAAGUCUUUGCCAGUCACCUUUCAGUUAGUCAAGUCCGACUAGUUCGAGAGAAGCUACGUCGCCGUGGGAGGGCUGUUUUUUUCCACCAGCUGGCUUGAUGCUGGAAGGCGGUUAACCUCGACUUAAGGGUGAGACGUUAUGCUAAUGAGCGUAUUUGACACGCUUAAGCGAUUUCUUUCAUAUCACGGAUGACUUUUGGGGAUUCUGCUCUAAAAUAAGAACUUAAGGUCGUGUACUUUAACCACGAUUACCCUUAACAGCACCGUAUCCACGUUUGACACUGCAUCUUCUUGACACGCUGUGACGUGAACUUGCACCUUUUGUUAUGUAACAGUAAAUAGUUUGUAUGUUAAGGACUAUGCUGGCUAUACACGUGUUUAGGUGUGUUGUCCUUAAAGUAUGCUGUGUGUAUAUAUAUAUAUAUAUAUAUAUAUAUGUAUCUAUCUCUAUAUAGAUAUGUGAAAAUGAAGUGUUCUGCACUAAAUACUUGCAUUUGGAAGACUAUGAUUGCAACAUUACAUACUACAGUAAAAACGUUGUGCAUUGUGACCACAAGAUGGCACCGUUUCCUUCUGAGACGGCCAAAAAAGCCCUCUUACAAGGUUCGAUUCAAUUCACGGUACACCUGCACAAUCUAAUUAGAUUCAGUACACGAAUUCUACCCUUUUACAGGAACCGAUCUGUUUUAAGGCUUUUAAUUGAACAAUAAGUUUAUUCUUUUAGAACUGUUGGCCUCGUACUGUUUGUCGUAUUUUGUCUGUCUGCCAAAUAUGAUACGUGCAGGUCUACCUAAGGUCAUUGCCUUACUUUUAAGCCGGAACAACACUCACAAUGGGCCUUGCCACAAACAAGUCUGCCUUUUUACAGAAAGUCGUAAUAAUUACCCAAUUUCAUUGCCUAUCCCUCUCCUGUGAUGAGUUAAACGAUGGCUUGACAAUACAGAAUCGCCAGUGCCAGUACAGGAAAGUAGAGUGGAAUCACUGGUAGACUUUCAAGUUCUCAUUUUUAAAGCAAUUUUCACCAUAAUGCAUAAAAUAAACUGAAUUCUGUUCUAGGCUCAAAUUGGCGCCAUCAUAAAACCUUCACCUGUACAGGAAACGUUAAGAUUGUAAAGAGAAGUUUUACAGUCCAACUAAAAUAAAGUAAAACUACAAACAUUACAUGACCCAAGGCAGUUAUUAAAAUUUAUUCAUAAAAUUGACAUUUCAUAGACUUUAAAAAGAAGCUAUCAGACAUGGAAAGAGGCCAAUACUAUGUGAUUAGAUAGACCUCAAAAAGGCUGGCGACUGCGUGCAUGCGGUAGAAGAUUCCAAAAGGCAGUCCUAUAUUGACAAUUGCAGCCCACAUGGUGAACUUGUAGAACUUGAUCUCCACGGUGUGGUCAAACUGAGGGCGAGCGCCAAAGGCAGGCAUGAUCCACAGCUGCCAAAACAAACAAAGUCAAUAAAAAGCGUUAAAGAUGGUGAGCAGACAGUUAACUUACGAUGAUGUUGGCUAGCAGCAGAAAGGCGCACACUUCCUUCAGCACUCUCCUCUUCCAGUUGGGUGGCGUGGCUGAGGUCAACAAGCAGCUGGACUUGUGAAUCUCCAUGACGACACUCAUCUCAGAGUGUUGUUGGAAGGCACACGCAUUGGUGUGCAGGGCCGCCUCCUGCAUCAUAUGGAAGGGCUCCCGAUGCAGCCCCUCAAUUAUGAAGUAGUUCUGCAGCCCCAGCUGUACCACCAUCAGGACCCCCCACGCUAGGUUGAGAGCGUUCAGGUAGCCUCGGGCCCCCUUGGCCACCACCGCCACAAUGGUGAAGUAGCUGAUGAUGAACUGCCCCAUGGAUGCCCCCACGAGGAGCUGCACGUCCAGGCUGCGGGUGGGGUUCUUCUCAGAGACAUUCUCCCGGUGGUCAAGCCGGUAGACCACGCAGCCAACGACGGUGAAGAUGCACAUGAGGCUCACAAUGACUAUGUUCAUGGCAAAAUGGAUGAGGAGGGCGUGCGAGCGCGUUCCCAGGUCCUCAUGAGUGAUCUCUACCUCAUACACGAUGAACGUCACCAGACCCACCACCACCAGGAGGAGGCCCACCAUGGGGCCCAGGCAUACCUCCUUAGGCCGGAACUUGGCAUUGUGAUGGCCGUGGUCCUCCACCAGGCGGCCCACGUUCUUCCACAUGACGUAGGCCAUGGCCGAGGCAAAAAGGCUGUACUCUAUGUUGAAGGGGUACAAGUAGUAGAAGGCCUCCUUGAAGGUGCUGCACGCAGUGUGACUGCAGUUGCACUUGGUGACGUAAUUGGCUGGCAUGGCAAGAAGACAACAUGAGAUUUCCCCUUCCAGCCUCAACUACAGACAAUCUAGACCUAUUCUACCUCUGUACAUCUUGUGUGGGACAGUGCUGUUCAUGUAGGGAGUGUCCGUCUGAUGAAGCGACUCCUCGGUAACUGCCGCCAUCCACACCACCAAGUUUGUGGAAAGAGUGAGCGUGAGGCCGCACCUGAGCAUGAAAAAGGACAAGUCAGGAGGGCAUCACAGCGACAUACUGGAAGGAAAGGUUUUGUUUUACCGUGUGACAUUUGUAUGGAGCUGCACGCAGUCCUUGGCAUGAACCCACAGGAAGUAAGUCUGAAGAAAAGAACAGUGAAUCAACAAAAGAUGAUAAUAGUAAUAAUGUUACAAUAAAUGUGUCAUGGCAACCUGAGUGAACAAGAAGACAGCUUGCACAAGAGGAAAGGCAACUUUGACGGCAGAGUCGCAAUGAAGGUAGCCCACGUAGUUGGCGAGCUUGAAGAUGUCCAUGAGGAGACUCAGUAGGCCAAACAGCACAAGACCAGCUACGAAAAAAAACAUUUUAGUCAUUAAAUUAAAAUUUCUGCCAAGACAAAAGAUAAUAAAGGCCAGUUUUUACCGAC